AAACGUCACUUAUAUCCCGGGAAAUCCCACGGUUUCCCGGGGAAUUUUCCUUCCAGUAUAUAAAGCGGCAGGUGGCGCUAUUUUCGACCUCGAAAACGUCGGACCGACAGGAAGUAAACAGAGUCGGUCGGUGGCCAGCGGCAUCGACAGAAAAUAGAAACAUCAGUAUGCUUUCUCAUAUAUUUUAUUCUCAUGGCCACAUGUGUGCUUCACAUCCUUGGGAAGUCAUACUUGCUUUUAUAACUGUUACAAUUAGUAUGUUAUUUAUGGAUGGUGCUGUAUUUAAUCAUCAUAAAAUGGACUGGAACUGCAAAGCAUCUAUGAUGCAGGAGGAAAAAGGAAUUGAAGUAAUAUCUUUGACAAUUACUCGUUGUAUGGCUUUGUUAUAUAUUUAUCAUCAAUUUAGAAAUCUUUAUAAACUUGGAUCCAAAUAUUUAAUAGGUAUAGCAGGACUUUUUACUGUCUUUUCCAGUUUUGUCUUCAGCAGUAGUGUUGUAAAUUUUUUUCGUGGAAAUUUUGCAGAACUGAGUGAAGCCCUUCCAGUAUUUCUACUUUUAAUCGAUUUUUCAAAAGCUGGUCUUCUGACACAAUUUGCACUCAGCUCUGUUUCACAGGCUGAAGUACAAGAAAAUAUUGCACAGGGAAUGGCAAUUCUUGGACCUACAAUAACAUUAGAUACAAUUGUAGAAACAUUGGUCAUUGGUGUUGGAACUUUAUCAGGGGUGAAAAGAUUAGAAGAAAUGUGCUGCUUUGCAUGUUUAUCAGCUGUGGUUAAUUAUAUUGUGUUUAUGACAUUUUUUCCUGCAUGUUUAUCUCUUGUAUUAGAGUUAUCAAGAGAUAGACAAGAAAGUAGACCAGUUUGGCAUCUCAGUUCUUUGACUAAAGUACUUCAACAAGAGGAGGAACAGAAACCUAAUCCUGUACUUCAGAGAGUUAAAGUUAUAAUGUCUGCUGGUUUAGUAAUCGUGCAUGCUCAUAGCAGGUGGACUGUAACUAUAGACACUGGAGCGGGUUUUGAAUCACCUUCUUCAUUAUCUACGUCGUCAGAGAAAGAUGUAAAUUCGUUUCAGGAUUUAUCAAGCUGGUGUUUCUUUUUUUACAGAUGGUUAUCUGUCAGUCCUGAACAAAUGGUUAUGGUAAUAAUUGCUGGUGCCUUAGCUGUGAAAUAUGUAUUUUUUGAAAAUCACGAAUUAUUAGAACAUCUUUCGUCAUCGGCAGUAACUUCGUCAAAUAGGAAUAUUCGAAACCAAAACAACCAAACAAUGUUUUCAAUAAAUGACUAUCCUUCAAAAUUAGAAUAUCAACCAUUUUCUCCCAUUCGAAAAGGUAAUUCUUAGUAUAAGUUAAUGUAG